AUGACGUCUCUUUAUUCUACACCUUACGAUUUCUCAUUCUCCAGGGCCAACGUUUGGGCUGAGCUCAACAAAAAGGAAAGAAAUGACACGAGAGCUCAACAACCCAAGAUCAAGGAAGAGCAGCAUGUUCUUGUGCUAACUAAAGAAAAUCUUGCCAGAGCCCUGAGGGAAAACAAAUUCCUCCUUGUUUUUUUCCAUGCCCCUUUGUCUGGUGCUUCACACGUUUUACUGAUUGAAUAUGAGAAUGCUGCCAAAGUGCUCAAGAAUGAACAUUUUGAAGCUAAACUUGGCAAGGUCGAUGCAUCAGAAGAAAAGGAUCUUAUAGAAGAAUUCAAUAUUCAAGAUUACCCAACCUUGAAAUUUUUCGUGAAAGGAGACAGGAAGAACCCACUAAAUUGCACAGGAGUAAGAACAGGUGUUUCCAUUAUCACCUGGUUAAAGAGAAGGAUUGGUGAUAGUGCCGUACGACUGACCAGUAUGUCUCAAAUUGAAGCUUUUAUUAACUCUGAGGAUGUGGUGGUAGUCGGUUUCUUUAAGUUUGAAGAAAGGCGUAUUGAUUAUGAAAUCACUGAUGAAAAUAGAAUGGAGAAAAAUAUUCUUAAUAAAUUCAUCAAAGUCAAUGAGCUGCAGUUAGUCACAGAAUAUAAUCAACAGAAUUCUAUGAAAACCUUUGAUGUUGACGUCGACAGUCACCUUUUGCUCUUUGCAGACAAGACCUCAAAGGACUUUAAUGAGAUUCACGAAGGCUUUAAAGAUGCAGCUGUUCACUUCAAGGGCCAGAUAAUCUUUAUUUUGGUUGACACUGAUGAAAAUAGAAAUGGCCGCAUCAGAGAAUUUUUCCAGAUUCGAGACUUGGACAUACCUGCUGUUCGAAUGAUUAAUAUAACAGAGACAGUGAGAUACAGAAUGCAAGCUGACAAGGUCACAACUGAAGAAGUGGAAAAAUUCUGCCAGGCAUACAUUGAUGGGAAAGAAAAGCCUGAAGAGUCCAGCGAAGAAAUUCCAGAAGAUUGGAAUAAGAAUCCUGUUAAAGUUUUAGUGGGAAAAAAUUUUGAAGAAGUUGUGUUUAAUGAGACAAAGGAUGUCUUUGUCCUCUUUUGUGCUCCGUGGUCUCAAAGAUGCAAGGACAUUAAUUCUAUAUGGGAACAGCUGGGGAAGAAGUACAACUAUUCUGAGAAUAUUAUUAUUGCUAAGAUAGACAUUACAGCAAAUGAUGUUAAUUUUGCUGUCAUAGUUGAGAAGUUUCCGAGCGUGAAGUAUUUUCCUGCUGAAUCAGAGAAAAAGAUUGUACACUACACUGGAGCUCAUACUCUGGAAGCCUUAUCUCAGUUUCUGGACAAACAGGAAGAAUUAAAGAAACUUCGUGAAAAUUCACAUGCUACAGAUGAAGAAAUAAAAGAUGAACUUUAA